AUGCCUUCUUUCAAGCCAACACGAGAACGCAAGCACAAAAAACUUGCGCGCCGGACUGAGGGUGAGAAUGCUCGUCCGUCGAAGAAGCAGCGUCGCCUGGAAAAAUACGUCGAGAAGAAGUUGAAGCAUGAUGAGGCUAAGGAUUACCUGCGCAAGCUAGAAUCACAAAAAGAGACUUACAAUGGGCUUCAAAGUUCGAGCACGCUCAAGCGAAAGUUCGGCGACUUUGUGCAUGGACAUGUGAGUCAGCACGAAUCUUCCAAGCUGCAAAGGAAUAGCAGUUACUCGAGCGAAGACUCUUUCGACGGCGCGAAUGACGAUGUCCCCGAUCCUACCAGCGACUUCGGCGACGAGCCUGCAGUGGUUGCAGAUGCUAUAGCGGACGAUGCUUGGACUAGGACUCGUGCUCCUCCGAUACAGGGGACUGGUCUGGCGCAGCCUCUCAAGCUCGAUGCGAAUGGCAUGCCGGUUAUACCUAUGCGACAGAAGCCUUUGCCUGUGACUGCCAGCAUCAGUAGUGACGGAAGUGAGACCGACAGCGAACAAGAGAACGAGGAUGAUGAAGAUGAUAGUGAGGAAGAAGAGUCAUGGGCGGGCUUCUCAGGAUCAGCAGCUACCUCCUCUGAGGAAUCAAGUGAGAAUAGCGCGGAAGAGGAGUCGGACGACGAGACGGACGCCAGUAGCAAUGCUGAGGUAGACACUCGGCUCAAGCCACGAACCUCAGCCUUCAAAUCAUGGGCAACUCAACAGAUCAAUCAGUCGAUCGGCCAUACACCUUUCUACGAACAGCCACAAGCCACACCUCAAACCUUCGAAAAACCUGCAGCAGGUUACAGGCUUGGUAUCAAAGAGACGGAAAGACCAAAAGACGACCAUCGUGCGUAUAGUGUGCAUGUUGAGAGAGCAGAGAGCAUACAAGAAAUUCGACUGCAACUACCAAUCCUACAAAAAGAGCAAGAGAUCAUGGAAGCUGUGCACAACAAUACUGUGGUCGUGCUGAAAGGAGAUACAGGCAGUGGCAAGACUACCCAGCUACCACAAUUUCUGUUUGAAGCUGGAUAUGGCGACAAGGACGGGCUGACCCCGGGCAUGAUUGGCAUCACACAACCCAGACGGGUCGCUGCGGUGAGCAUGGCAAAACGCGUCGCCCAAGAGCUGGGCAAUCACGGCGACAAAGUCGCUCAUCAGAUCCGGUUCGACACGACUGUAUCCUCCAAGACUGCUAUCAAGUUCAUGACUGACGGCGUAUUAUUACGGGAGCUGAGUCAGGACCUGCUUUUGAAGAAAUACUCGGCAAUCAUCAUUGACGAAGCGCACGAACGAAGUGUUAAUACAGAUCUGUUAAUAGGUAUCCUAAGCAAGAUUGUUCCUGCCCGCAUGAAGAAAAGUGAACCAAAUCCUGAUCCUAAGCCUCUAAAGUUGAUCAUCAUGUCUGCUACCCUGAAUAUCAAAGACUUUCUACACGAGAAGCUUUUCUCAACAUUUAUGAGGCCAGCCUUGGUGGAAGCUGAAGGCAGGCAGCAUCGUGUUACCACUCAUUUCGCGUUGCGUUCGAGGCCAGAUUAUCUGGAGGAAACAGUUGAGAAGGUCAAGCGUGCUCAUAAGAAAUUGCCUCGAGGUGGUAUUCUGGUCUUCCUUACUGGACAAAAUGAAAUCAAGUAUGUUCUGUCGCGCUUACGGAAAGACCUUGUACGACCCACGGCGAAGCUGGAAGAGGCCGCACCUCGGAUGCACAUUUCUGCAGUUGACACACCACUUGAGCUCGAGGACCUCGAUAUCGGUGAUAUUCACACUACAAGCCAGGAAGACCUGGACCUAGCCGAUGAAAUUGACAUCGUCACGGAUGAAGAGGAGCUUGAUAAAGAGUUUGAGGUGUCGGAUGAUGACGAUGAGGAAGGUAUGGUUGAUGUACCUGCGCUCAGGCAGGACAAAAUUGCUUUGAAACGCGAUCCUUACGACACGGUUCACUUGCUACCUCUAUACUCACAACUUCCAACCAAGGACCAACUAAGAAUCUUCGAACCGCCUCCUGAAAGGUCGCGCCUCAUCGUUCUAUCAACGAACGUAGCAGAGACCUCCCUUACCAUACCAAACAUACGCUAUGUCAUAGACUGUGGUCGAAGCAAAGAACGCAAGUUUAAUUCUGAGACGAACACACAAUCCUUCGAAGUGGACUACAUCAGUAAAGCUAGUGCACAGCAACGUGCUGGACGAGCAGGCCGAACUGCUCCAGGCCACUGUUGGAGAUUGUACAGUAGUGCAACAUACGAGCAAUACUUCCCUGAGCAUACUGAGCCAGAAAUCCUGCGCACCCCGGCCGAGAAUGUUGUGCUAUCAGUCAAGGGAUUUCGAUUUCCGAAGCCUGUGACUGACUUUCCCUUCCCGACCGCACCGACUCGAACAACCCUUGCGAAUGCGGAGCGACUCUUGAAACAUUUGGGAGCCAUCGCUGGUCCAAACGGCGCCCUUACUGAUCUCGGCAAGAAGAUGACGUUGUAUCCAGUGAACCCCAGGUUGAGCAAAAUCAUAAUACAUGCCAUUGAAAAGGCACCCAAAGCACUGAAUCAGAUCAUACUCCUGGCGUCUGCACUUUCAGUGGACGACAUCUUUGUCAACCAGACUCAAAUUAGUCCGGAAGUGGACGACGACGGCCACGACGAUGAGCAAGACAAACUGAAGCAGCGAUACGGCAGAGCUCAUGCCCGCUUCAGCAGGCAGGACAAGGCUUCAGAUGCAUUAAAGCUGCUCACUGCUGCACAGCUGUACCUCAAGGAUUCCGAGAAAGAUCACUUCUGUCAACAAUUCUUCCUUCGGUCAAAGGCUAUGCAGGAGAUCUCUCAGCUCUACUCACAGCUUUGCAGCAUGAUUCGGUCUACACAUCCGCACCUAUCGCAUGUACUCGGCACUGCGCAAUUGACGGAAACCACGAAGCCUGAUGUGGUCAAGUCAAUCAAUACUUCUGCCGCGUCUGGGUACAUCGAUCAAAUUGCGAUCCGUUACGACCUGCAUCCUGAGCAGUCCAUAGUCGCUUCUUCGCCACGGCGAGCCAUCGAUGUACCAUAUUUUCCACUCAUACCCAUCAAUCAACGUACAGGAAACUCGGAGAAGAGACCAGCCUUCAUUCAUCCAUCGUCUGUGCUAGCGAAACUCAGCACCAAAGUGCUGCCGCAGUAUAUAGUGUACAGACACCUACAAGAAAGAACAAACUCGCAGGUUUUGACGUCCUCCGAUACCGAGAUAGUCAAGACGCGCAUGCUGCCUCUAUGUACUGUCGAUGCUACAGCCCUGCUGUCGCUGGUACGCGAUACAGGCGUCAUGUCUUACGGCAAGCCUGUACCAAAGACCAAGAUAGAGGACGUCAAGAAUACGAGUCCGAAAGAGCGAAUCGCGUGGGUAAGCUGCGAGAUGAAUGGGUGGCCUUUGCCGCCGAGUAGAGUCAGACAGGUGAUGGAUGUGAAAGAGGCAUCGGGAUGGAGGGUUGUUGAGGUGCUCGCUUGA